UUGGUGCCUACAUUUCAUACUUAGUACCUGGGCUACCGUCACACAGCAUCAACAAGUCUGUCCUCUACCAUUAACUACUAACUUUCUUCAACCAUGAUUACAGGAAGUUUGCACCAAUACAUAACAGCCAUCCCACGCAAUGAUUGUUUGGUCCAUUAUUUGAGCAGCCUUUAGUGUGUAUGAUCGUACGAUGCUUGGAUUUUCUUACUUGUGAACGUACUCUCGUUAUUUUGCUUCUGCAUUGUUUUUCUAUUGGUAAAGAACCCUUGGGGGAAGGAUCCGUCCUGAGACAGAACAAUGUCUUGUUUUCGAGGCAAGAUGACGUCCCACACAAAGCUCUCAACAGGGAUAUACCCUCAUCACGUGGUUAUCGAAGAAGAACGAGGGGAGAAAAUUGAGUGCUGGGGGUACAGAAAGAGUAACAUUCGAACUGUUGCAGUAUACGGUGCGGGCAUCCUGACCUGCGGUGUACUAUUCCUGAUCAUAUUUUAUUGGAAACCCGACUGGGGACUGCGUCUUACCCAUGCCAAAUGUCCAAAUGAACACGCCGACAGCCUGAUAGUGAAGGAUAUCUAUGCAAGGGACCAUAAAUGUAAAAUCAUAAGAGAACGUGUCAUCGGAGACUCGGACAUCAGCGAUGGGCCGACUCUCUCACUGCCAUUGAUCAACACAGUAACACAGCGAGAGACGAAACUAGACAAGGGGCACAUGAGAUACUUCAAAUUUCAGAAAGCGGUCUAUAUUUGGGAUUCAGAUGGACAGCUUUACUUUAAGCUCAGAGGCCUUGCACACAACGUCCCCUGUUCAGAUUUCUAUGAUAUCUACAGCAAAGGACUCGACGAAGAAACAACUCAAGAAAGACAGCAGCUUUAUGGUCUCAAUGAGAUACAGGUACGCGUCCGGCCAAUCCUGGUACUUCUUUUACAAGAGGUGAUGAACCCUUUUUACAUUUUUCAACUCUUCGUCGUCAUCUUCUGGUUUUGUAUCAACUACAUCUACUACACGCUUUGUAUCGUGGUGAUGUCGGCUGUUUCUAUCUCCGUCUCACUUUACACAACGAGAACGGAAAGCACUCGACUUCGGACGAUGGCAGAGGUUCAUGAAACAGUGGAAGUUUUACGCAGAAACGGAGAUCGUGAAACAGUGCCUAACUCGGAGCUUGUACCUGGUGACGUCAUCAUCAUCCCGACCAAUGGCUGUAGUCUAACCUGUGACGCAGUACUUCUCUCGGGCAACUGCAUCGUCAAUGAAAGUAUGCUCACAGGAGAGAGCGUACCCGUGACAAAGACGCCCCUACUUAAUCCCCAGGGUGUUAAAAUGAUAUAUUCCAUGGACACACAUAAAAGACACACUCUCUUCUGCGGCACGAAAGUGAUCCAGGUGCGAACUCAUGGGGAUGAGGCUGUGAAAUGCGUUGUUACUCAAACAGGGUUUUCAACUGCCAAGGGACAACUGGUGAAGUCUAUUCUCUACCCGAAGCCUACCGAGAUCAAACUAUACAGGGAUGCCCUGCUCUUCGUUGGAAUACUCACAAUAAUAGCUAUCAUCGGGUUUAUCUACACGGCGGUCAUAAUGACGCUUCAGGGGGCAAGUGCCUCCAAAACGAUUAUCCACGCUAUCGACAUACUCUCGAUCGCCGUGCCCCCAGCACUCCCCGCUGUCUUAACCAUCGGUAUGGUGUUCGCCCAAUUUCGGCUAAAAAAAGAAGGCAUCUACUGCAUCAGCCCUCAGCGAAUCAACCUAUGUGGGACUGUAGAUGUUGUUUGCUUCGACAAGACGGGAACACUUACUGAAGAUGGACUUGAUCUUUUAGGAGUGCAAGCUGCUUCAAAAGGAAGCUUCAGCCCGAUGGUAGCCGAUGCCAAGUCGCUCUUCUCCGAGCCCGUCUCCGUUGCUAUGGCAACCUGUCACGAGCUAAUGGAGGUGGAUGGAGAAAUAACGGGGGAUCCCCUGGAUAUCAAGAUGUUUGACGCGACAAGUUGGACCCUGGAUCUCGGUGAGAAGGCGAGUAGCCGGCUUCCAGGUGCAAUGGCGAUUGCGAAGACCGGUUCGUCGGACCAGAUCGGAGCAAAGGGCACUCUUGAUGAAAAACAGGAGUUAACCGAAAUUGCGACGUUAAAGAUAUUUCCUUUCGCGUCGGCUCUUCAGACCAUGUGUGUCAUUGCCAUGGAUACAGUGACCCGGAAGACAUAUGCCCUUGCGAAGGGGUCACCAGAAAAGAUUUCCAAGCUCUCACAAAAAGACACAGUGCCACUGGACUUCCAAGACGUUUUAGAUGGAUUCACAAAACAGGGCUUGAGGUUAAUUGCAUUGGCAUGGAAACCCAUCGAUAUCAACCCAGACGAUCCCAAUGAACUUUCAAGGAUCCAGAGAGAUAUAGUGGAGUGCGAUCUGGAAUUCGCUGGUCUCCUGAUAAUGCAAAACAAACUGAAACCUGCUACGACUCCCGCCAUUACUGAACUAAAUGAAGCCAAUAUUAGAACCAUCAUGGUGACAGGAGACAACAUCUUCACAGCGAUCAACGUGGGGCGGGAAUGCGGCAUGGUUCGACCAGGCGCAACCAUCAUGCGCGUCGAAGCCGGGCCUCCCCACGACCACUUGAAGGCCAAACUCGUCAUUACACCUCUGGUCGAUGACGUGCAGAGAGACGUCGAUAAUAAUUGCGAUACAAAUGGGACGAUGAAAGAAGAUAAAGUGCUCAUUUCCCAGCAGGGAGAAGAGAGCCCAUUGAUAGCCUGUGACGGUACAACCUUCGGCAUCAUUCGAGAUCAUUACCCCCAAAUAAUGCCAAAGAUCGCAGCGCAGGGUGUAAUAUUUGCCAGGAUGUCCCCUGACCAAAAAUCACAGCUGGUCGAAACGCUCCAGUCACUGGGUCUAUCUGUUGGCAUGUGUGGAGAUGGUGCAAAUGACUGCGGUGCUCUCAAACAAGCCCAUGUCGGCAUAGCUCUCUCAGAGGCCGAGGCAUCCGUAGCGGCUCCGUUCACCUCUAAAACGGCAACAAUCAGCUGUAUCCCGACAGUCAUAAAGGAGGGUCGUUGUGCCAUGGUGACGUCAUUUGGUCUGUUUAAGUUCAUGGCUCUGUAUAGUCUCAUCAUGUUCACCUCUGUAACAGUACUCACUUCGGUUCAAUACUACAUUGGCGAUAUGCAGUUCUUCAUUAUUGACAUCGUGCUCUGCACUUCAUUCGUACUUGCAGUUGGUUACAACAAGGCCUAUCAUCAGAUAUCAACCAAACGCCCCAUUACCAAGCUGGUCACCCCUCCUAUCGUGUUCUCCCUCAUCGCACACGUAGUGAUCCUAAUCGGGUUCCAAGUCCUAGUGUUGGUCCUGGUCCUCAAUCAACCAUGGUAUGAGCCCUCGGAGCUAGACGAAGCACACAGGAACGUUGUGUCGUACGAAAACAUGGCAGUUUGGCUACUUGCAAAUUUUCAGUACCUUACCCUAGCUUUCGUUAACACGCCGGGGCCUCCGUACAGCAACCGAUUUUACAAAAACAUUCCUCUUUUGAUCGUCUUCAUAGUCGAUUUUCUCAUCUGCCUCGGCUUUCUUUUCUAUCCACCUGCCAGAAUCAUCAAAGCAUUUAAGUUGAAGCAUAUCCCUUCCUACACUUUCAAGGCGCUGAUCCUUUUUCUCGCAGCAGUGCAUUUCAUCAUUGCGUUAUCUGUCGAGUAUGUUCUGGCGCCCUCUAAGCGAUUGAUGAACCUCAUCACGUGUCAGUGUUUUCGCAAGAAAAAGGCGCCGAAAUACCACGGAGUCGAACUCACUGUGCUUAAGAAACCGCUCAUGGACAUCCUUUCCGAGUCGGAAACCAUCGCGUGUGAAUAAAUCCGUGAAUGAUGAGCCGAGCAUGAGCACGAGGACGACAUUAGACACGACAUUGACUAUGGCAAUGGAUGGAAUUUAUGCUGGUGAAAUGAUUACGUAGUUAAAGGCAUGACACAUGAGGUGGUCAACCGCUACGGUCAAAUAAAACUAGAGGCAUACAUCACCAAAUCCAUCAGACCAAAAAAAGCUAUUCACACACUAGUAUAUCUCAUACCUCAAUCCAGGACAUAGAAACUCCUUCUUCCCCAGAAAUGUGAAGACAUUGAACAUCCUCCCAGUCAAUGUCGUGACAGCCCAACCUGUCGAAGCCUUUCGUCUCCACUUGACGAGAGGAAACAGUAGCAAGACCCAAUGCUGUCUUUACUUGUA